CUCCCUCUCUCCACUGUUCAUCAUGAUUCUUAAUUAAUUUUUCUUCCCCAACAAAAACACAACAAAUCCGCAACCAAUCAUAAAGGGCCCCUUCAAAUAAUAAUAGAAACACAAAGGGUCCCACGAUUUUUUAACCCUUUUCUUUUAUUUUCCCUCAAUUUUUAUUCACAAUCUCUUUCUCAUGCAGCUUUGUUAUGAGAGCUGGGCAUCAGUUCUCUACCAACACUGAUUUUUCAUGGCAUAAAGCAUGAAUCUUUGGUAACUUCUGUACAAGUUACACGUCUGUGUCCAUCAAGAUCUGAUUUUUAUGCCUUAAUUCACCAGCUUGAGCCUCUCAUAUAGAUUAUAAAGCAGGUCAAUGGAAACGUCAUCUGUAAGAUGUCUUAUCAACAGUAUUUCUCGAUUCAUGCAUCUCGUUUCAUGUCAGACAAAGAAGUAUAUGCCUAUUCAAAAGGAUUACGAGAUCAUGGUUAUAAUGUUAAAGCAUUUGAAACCAGUGCUUGAUGAAGUUGAUGAUUACAACAUAUCUUCAGAUGAAAUCCUAUGUAGAGAGUGUGAAGAACUCGAUGUUGCCGUUAAUGAGGCUCGAGAAUUUAUGGAGAAGUGGUGUCCACAGAUGAGCAGGAUUUGCAGUGUUCAGCAAAGUGAAGCCCUAUUGAAGAAAAUCCAGAGCUCUGCCCUGGAGAUUUGUCAAGUAUUAUGUAGAUUAUUGCAGGGUUCUCCAACCACUUCUAGUUUAACUAUUGUUCAGCACUGUAUGCAGGAACUUCAAGGUUUGAAGCAUGAAACAAUAACAGAGAUUAUAGAAGAGGCUCUGAGAGGUCUAAAAGAUGAUGUUGUUCCUUGCACUGAUCAUCUUAUGAAACUUAUCGAGACACUUAGUUUAACAUCAAAUCAGGAACUCCUGAAAGAAAGUGUGGCGGUGGAAAAGGAGAGGACAAAUGUUCAUAUCAAUAAAGCAGAAGGGUACUUGUAUCAAAUUGACCAAAUUGUGGAUCUCAUCACUCAGAUACGUAGUUGGUUGCUUAAAGUUGAGCACCGUGAUCCAAAGAGUGGUGCCCCAAUCCCUCCAUACUUUCGUUGUCCGUUAUCAUUAGAGCUCAUGCUAGAUCCUGUGAUCGUGGCUUCUGGUCAAACUUAUGAUAGGGUGUCCAUCCAAAAGUGGCUUGAUCAUGGGCUGACCUUUUGCCCUAGGACCCGUCAAACACUCUCUCAUACAAAUCUUAUUCCCAAUUACACUGUCAAAGCCAUGAUAGCAAAUUGGUGUGAGGAAAACAAUGUAAGAGUUUCAAGCCACUCUGACUGUAAUAAUCAUGUCUUAGCCUCAUCACAUCAUGAUUUAUUGCACUUGGAUAGUUUUCGUAACCGUUGCUCUUUGCACAGAAGCAAUUCUACGUCAAGAUCAUCUGUUGAAGUUGGAAAUGGAUUUGAGAAACAGGUGAUUGGUGUUUCAUCCAGGUUAAGUGGUGAAGAAUUUAACCGUUAUAAUGUCACGGGGACUGAAAGCUUUGAACAUCCAUCCCAGGGACAUUCAUAUAUACAUAGCAGGAGUGAAUCGACCUCAAGUGCCAUUUCCAGUAUUGAAUAUGUGCCUCCAGUAUCAGAUGAGAUGUUGAAGCUAUCAACCAAGCAUGACAAUGUGAAUGACUUGUCAGGAGAGGUAACAUCUGAAUGCCCUGCUGCUUCUCCUUCAAAUAACAUAAAGGGAUCGUCUCCCUGCUCAUCAGGAAUGCAAUUUCACAGUCCUAAAACACAAGUAGAUAUGGCCAGCAAUGGAAGCCAUAACUAUAGCAGAACAAACUCCCUUCAGUUUUCUGACUCAGGAUCUCAUGAUCUAACUAAGACUUCUCAAGUCAAGAAGUUGGUUGAAGGGCUGAAAAGCCUAUCAAAUGAAGUACAGACUAAAGCUGCUGAAGAACUACGGCUUCUAGCAAAGCAUGACAUGGAGAAUCGCAUCAUUAUAGGCCAUUCUGGUGCUAUCAGACCAUUACUUUCACUGCUGUCCUCAGAAGUGAAGCUAACCCAGGAGCACGCUGUCACAGCCUUGUUGAACCUCUCAAUCAAUGAAGAUAAUAAAGCCAUUAUUGCAGAAGCAGGAGCAAUAGAACCAAUUAUUCAUGUUUUAAGAUCAGGAAAUAAUGGUGCCAAAGAGAAUUCUGCAGCCGCUCUAUUUAGCCUCUCUGUUUUAGAAGAAUACAAAGCCAAAAUAGGCCGUUCUGGUGCAGUCAAAGCCUUGGUGGAUCUUCUUAGCUCUGGGACUUUAAGAGGAAAAAAGGAUGCAGCCACUACCUUGUUUAACCUUUCGAUCUUUCAUGAAAACAAGGCUCGUAUAGUUCAAGCUGGAGCUGUGAAGUAUCUUGUUGAGUUGAUGGAUCCUGUCACUGGGAUGGUUGACAAGGCAGUCGCUCUUCUUGCAAACUUGUCAACAAUUGGGGAAGGGCGCUUGGCCAUUGCAAAAGCAGGAGGCAUUCCAUUGCUGGUUGAGGUUGUUGAAUCAGGAUCUCAAAGAGGAAAGGAGAAUGCUGCCUCCAUACUGAUGCAACUGUGCCUUAGUAGUCCCAAGUUUUGUACCCUUGUUUUGCAAGAAGGGGCUGUUCCUCCACUUGUUGCGUUGUCCCAAUCAGGCACCCCAAGAGCGAAGGAAAAGGCACAGCAACUUCUCAGUCACUUCCGUAGUCAGAGAGAAGCAUCCGCGGGAAAGGGUAGAUCAUAGAGACAAAUUUUGUUAGAUUUUAUAUAUAUAUCUUGAUUUUGUAAUUGAUUAAGUUAUUCAUAAUGUACAUAUCUUGUAUAUAUGUUAUUAACUCAUGCAGUCUGCUAUAUAAUGGAAACAGAGGAUAUUGAGGCCCCAUUUGAUUGACAGAAAAAUAUCUGAUUUUUGAUGGAUUAA